CUUAGGGUCUUUUCUUUUUUUCCUUGAACCCCUCAUUACCUUGUGGUUGAACACUGACCGGUAAUCAAUAACCUGUCAGCCUAUGAUAAUUGAGGAACCAAAAAUCCUCAAAGAGACUACACAUACCAUAGGGUUUCCUUCUUGAACAUAUCACGAACGAAUUUUCCAAGAUGCUGGACCUUGCUGACUUUGUCACCGAGCGGGGUGGAAGCCCAAACAAAAUCAAAGAGAGCCAGCGAAGACGGUUUGCCUCUGAAACUGUGGUUGAUGAAGUCAUUACAUUGUACGAAGAAGCUCGUCGGGCACGGUAUGAGGUAAUGCAAGUCGGCUCUCAACUCAACGCCCUACUGAAAGAAAUUGGGAAAAAGAAGAAGGCCAAGGAAGACGCAAGCACCCUAAUUGAGCAAAAAUCUGCCCUGGAGAAGUCCAAAAGGGAGGCCGAAGAACUGGCCCUGCAGAAGGAGAAUGAGAGAGAUAGCAAGAUACGGACCAUUGGGAACUAUGUCCAUGAGUCGGUCCCCGUCAGCAACACUGAGGAUGACAAUGUUGUGACGAAGACGUGGUCUCCUGAAGGGACUGUGGUCGAAAAACGCGAUUGUCUCUCUCACCAUGAGGUUCUCACGCGACUUGAUGGCUAUGACCCGGAGCGUGGUGUGAAAAUCGUCGGCCACCGUGGCUAUUGCUUGACUGGCUAUGGUCUUUUCUUGAACCUUGCUUUGAUUAACUACGGCCUGGAAUUUCUUUGGGGAAAAGGCUACAAGCCAAACCAGCCCCCACAGUUCAUGCUCAGGGAAAUGAUGGCGAAGACAGCCCAGCUUGAGCAAUUUGAUGAGGAGCUUUAUAAGGUCACGGAGAGUGAAGACAAGUCAACUGAUAAGUAUCUUAUUGCUACUUCAGAACAGCCACUGUCUGCAUUGCAUGAUUCGGAAUGGCUUCAAGAUAAAGAUCUGCCAAUCAAGUACGCAGGUUAUAGCACAUGCUACCGAAAAGAGGCAGGGUCACAUGGUAAAGAUGCAUGGGGUGUCUUCCGGGUGCAUCAGUUUGAGAAGAUCGAGCAAUUUGUCAUCACGAAACCGGAAGAUUCGUGGCGCGCUUUUGACGAAAUGAUGGCAAACUCGGAAGAAUUCUACCGAUCCCUCGGGUUACCCUUCCAGGUUGUUGCUAUUGCCUCCGGGGCUUUGAAUAACGCAGCAGCGAAGAAAUAUGAUCUCGAAGCUUGGUUCCCAUUCCAAGGAGAGUACAAAGAAUUGGUUUCUUGCUCUAAUUGCACCGACUACCAAUCCCGAGCCUUGGAGAUACGCUACGGUAUCAAGAAAGCUACAGACGUGAAGAAAUCAUACGUUCAUGCGUUGAAUGCUACGCUGUGUGCCACAGAACGUACGCUCUGCUGUGUCCUUGAAAAUUACCAAACAGAAGAUGGAAUUAUUGUGCCGGAACCCUUGAGAAAGUAUAUUCCCGGCGCACCGGAAUUUAUCCCUUACACCAAGGAGCUCCCUAAAGACAGCACUUCGCACAAAGUCAAGGGAAGGCAGAUACCGAAACCCGUUAGUGACGCUGAAGAAGCUACCAAGAAGGUGCAGAACUUGAAAGUAUAGGCCCAAGUAGCAAAGAGGACUUGUUGCUCUUGGCAAAAAUAUCGGUUUGAUGGUAUUUGUGGUUGUAAACCCACGGAAGGCGGUACUUGGCUAGACAUAGGAAAGCUCAUCCUGGCAGCCUAAGCAGCCUAAAGAAUUUUUCUCUGCAAUAUUACUACAAGGUUUCUACGGAGUAGUUCUUUCAACUAUGUCCAGGUAUUCC